AUGAAGAUGAUGGGCGCCGUGAGGAAGAUACCGCUCAGUCGCAGUCUGGACGACUUUACGGACACAGCCCAUAUGUGCAGCCCGCACCAGCCGACGCCGGACAGAGGCCGCAGCCGGACGCCGGAGCCCGAGUCCUCGCCCCAGCCGUGUCCCAACUGUCGAGCCGGUAUGGCGGGCGGGGCAGUCAGGGCUGCGUCGCCCUCCCCCUCCGCCGGUCGAGCGUCGGGCGGGGCCGGUAGAGGUCCCUCGCCCUCCCCGUCUGCUGGCCACGGGGCCGGCAGAGCUCCCUCGCCCUCCCCUUCCGCCGGCCGGGCUGCGGGCCAGGGUCUCCGCCAGGACCUGGGGGCUCGCUCUGGUGCCGUGUCGCCACAGUUUGAGUUCGAGAUGCCCUCCUGCUCGACGGCCACCGUCUCUGAGACCAGGGCUGUGUUCGACCGGCGACCGGGGAGUCCCCGCUCGGGGACACCGGUGCGUUCUGCCCCGUGCACGCCCUCAGAACCGCCGCCUGCACCGAGUUACGCAGCGCCCGGCCCGGCGCCCGUGCAACCACCGCCGCCGGUACCCACCUACAACCGGUUCGCAGGCAGCAGCCGCAGCAGCAGCGCGGCGCAGCGGCCCCCCUCGGUGGCGGCCCCGCCCUCAGCCGGCAACACCGUGUGGGGAAAACGUUUGGCGACCACAUCAUCGGCACCGGCCCCAUUCAUGCAGGAGAUGCAGAACAGAGGAGCCAGGCAGGAAGACGAGGACGCGCCACCCUUCAACUUCCAGGUCAGCUGA